GGUAGCUUGUCCACUCCUUCCUGCCGGUGGACUGCAUGAAGGGGACUAUAUGUAUGGUGGAAAGGUGGUGGGAGCAAAGCACCGGGAGGGCACCUCACCUAAAGGUCUCUGUGUGACUUUCUCAACCCAGCGGGGGGGGGCAAGAGGGCCCUGCAGGGAUGCUGUUAUACGUGGGGGCUCAUCCGGGAUUGUGCCAGACAAGAGUUUGGCAGCCUGAGAUGGAAAAGACCUUGCAGUGGCUGAUCAAGCAGCAGGAAGGCAGUACAAACCUUUCAGCAGCUGGAGAAGCAGGCCCUGCUCAGCUGGCUAGCUGAGCAACAGAGGAGCCUGCGAGACUUUACUCGGGAGCAGACGACCACUCAAUGCAGCUCCUCCAGAAGGCGGGGAGUCCCCCGGUGGGGGAUGGCAUACAGGCACCCGGCUUGGGACUAUGUAAAAUGGGCCCGGCAGAUGACCCCGAUGCCUUUCUAGGUACUUUUGAGCGGGUAGCUCUGGGGGCAGGAUGGGACAGGACAACCUGGGCUCUGCGGGUGGCUCCCUACCUGGCUGGCGAAGCCCAAGCGGCCUCUAUGACCCUGAGUGAGGAACAGGCCAGGAGCUAUGACACGGUAAAAGCAUCUGUCCUAGACCAGGUAGGGCUGUUGGACGAAAAAUAUUGCCAGCGCUUCUGGGCAGCGAAGCGGACAGGGGAUUUGAGGCCCCGGGCCUUAACCCAGAAAUUAAUGGACCAGACCACCAGACGGUUGAGAGCUGGCGCCCAGACCAUAGAGGAGGUCAUGGAUGCGCUUGUCCUGGAACAUUUUUUACAAAGGCUCCCCGAGAGGACAAGGGUAUGGGUGAGACGGCACCAACCGGGCACGGUGGAGGCUGCGGUAAAGCUGACAGAGGACUAUGUGGAGGCAGUCUCCCCCAGGAAGGAGGGGCACCCCUAUAAGGACGAGGACCCUGGGAGAAAAUCCAGGGACACCCUGAACGGGAAGGGUCUGGAGAAAAAGCGGGAGACCAACCGGGGAGCUCCCACUGGGACCAGGCAACUCAUGUGCUGGCAGUGCGGGCGAGUGGGACAUAAAAAGCAGGACUGCCCAGAUAUGGACUGCGGCUUUGCGGAAUUUUGCGGGUGGACCAACUCUGGAGGGCAGGGGAAGGGGCGGAAACUGUCCACCAUUCCUGUGAGGGUGGGGAGGAGACCCCAGCGGGGUCUGGUGGACUCAGCCUCAGCCUGCUCUCUUGUCAGGAGGCUGGUGAAGUUGCAGUGGAUAAUCCCAGGGGCCAAAAUAAAUCUGGGAUGCAUCCUUGGGGAUGAGAGGCAGUGCCCAAUGGCCCAGGUGCCCUUCAAGGUUUGGGGCUGGUUCUGUUGGAAACAGGACAGGGUGGUAGAGGGCCUGCCGUACCCAGUGGUGGAGGGCACUGACUGGGACCCAUGGUCAAGAGGGAAAGGAGAUCGGGCAAGGAGGCCCAAGGUGAGAGAAGGGGGAGACCCGUUGAGGAAGGGGGAAGAGGUCUCGGAGAUAGAAAACCCUAGACAACAGAGCCUGAGCCAGGAAGGGUGGGAGAAGGAAAAGGAGAAAGAAGAUAGGGAGGGAGUAUCCGCCCCAGGGCUCUCAGCAGAGCCAGUGGGCCCAACAGAACCCUCUGUAGGCAGAUCCCUGGAAGAUGAAGCCCGAAUCCUGCUUGAGGGGUCUGGGGAAUCAGAGGCUCUGGGUGCCUAGGAGGAAGCUGGGGCCAAUCCUGAAUCCCUGUCAGAGGUGAAUAGGGGAAAGAAAUGGGGGGUGAACACAAGAGUGUGACUGGUGUGAUGACCUCUGGGCAGAAGCAGAGCUACGGGGUGGCCCACCCCCCACGCAAUGUGGUUUCUGACCGUGGGGGAUGGCUGAACCCUGCAAGGAAGCCCCGGCCGGUCACCCAAAAAAGGAAGGACUCCCCAGUAGGACCCCACCUGUUAGAGGGAGGAGGGGACCUGUUCAGUUGAACCGCGUGGUUCGGAAAAAGGGGGAAGGCACGUGACAGGGUGCAAAGCAGAAAACUGCUUAGCCAACCCUCUGUCACUCCAGCUCCAAUUAAAGGAGGUGAAUUGGUGCUGGGUAGACCACCUGGCCCUGAUUGGGGAAGCUGGAACAGCUGCUGCUUCAUCAGGCUGGGGCUGGAUAAGAGCCCCAGGGGAAGGAAGGGGAGGGGAGAGCUGGAAAGAGGGAAGCUCCAGUAGAGGAAAGGCAGUGAGGGGAAGCAGAGAGAGGUAGCUUGCCCCCUCUCUCCUGCCGGUGGACUGCAUGAAGGGGACUAUGUGUAUGGUGGAAAGGUGGUGGAAGCACAGCCUAGUGACUGGCCUAGUGGAGAUGC